UAGACCUAAAGACACUUGGCUGUGAGCCCAUAACUCCGUCCAAAGCAGUGCAAUUAAGUCUUUCCUGGCUGAGCCCCAAGGCCACCGCUAUAGAAGCUGCCCUUCCAACAUAAUCAUUAGAAUCAUCGUCACUUUCACGUCAUCAACCGGAUCAGCCGCCCACUUUGACCCGGUGCCCACCAGUUACCAAAUAUUUUGUCGAGGCACUAUCUACUAUUAUAGUUUAUUUAAAAAAAAUUGACGGAAAAAAUUACGUUAAAAUAAAAUGAUACUUUAAAAUAUCUUAUCAUUAUGAAAGUAGGUCGUAAUCUAUCACAUAUCAGUGUCCAUCCUGAUGAUUCAUGUUGUCCUUUAAAUGGGAAAAACAAACCUUAAGACCAAACCAAAACAGGUACCCGCAGAAUCGAAAGUACUAGCAGGUAAUUCCCUUACCAACAGAUAACGAAGCAGUUCUUUUAAGGGUCUAGCAAAAUCGAGGCCCCUACCUUACCUGUCUACUAUAUUUGCUUCGGCAUCGUUAGUUGUCUUGUGUACCUCCUACCUUCAAGAACUACGCUAAAAUGCUGGUUAUUUUGGCAUACAGUUUUUUGGCCAUUAUACUGAGUGUUGUGGUCACGUCUUACAUUGUUAUUACUUACGGAGCCAAGCGACGAGUUGUUCUGCCGGUUAAAAAUAAAAAUUCAAGUGAGCAAAAUCAAAUAGCGUUUGAGAAAUUUAAACAAGCUCCAGGACCCCGACCUUAUCCCAUCAUUGGCAACCUACAUCUGCUGGAUCGCUAUAGGGAUAAUCCCUUCGCUGGAUUUACUGAGUUGUCCAAACAAUAUGGAGACAUUUACUCCCUGACUUUUGGCCACACCCGCUGUUUGGUUGUGAAUAACCUGGAGCUGAUACGCGAGGUCUUGAACCAAAAUGGCAAGGUAAUGAGUGGGCGCCCGGACUUUAUACGAUACCACAAGUUAUUUGGAGGCGAGAGAAGCAAUUCAUUGGCCCUCUGCGACUGGUCUCAACUGCAGCAGAAGAGGAGGAAUCUCGCCAGGCGGCACUGUUCGCCGAGGGAAUCGUCUUCUUUCUAUAUGAAAAUGUCCCAAAUCGGCUGCGAGGAAAUGGAGCACUGGAAUAGGGAGCUGCGGAACCAAUUGGUGCCUGGAGAGCCCAUUAAACUGAAGCCCCUGAUCCUAAAGGCCUGUGGAAACAUGUUCAGUCAGUACAUGUGUUCCCAGAGAUUCGACUACGGCGAUAUGGAGUUCCAACAGAUUGUCCAGUUCUUUGAUGAGAUUUUCUGGGAGAUCAACCAGGGACAUCCCCUAGACUUUUUUCCCUGGCUGUAUCCCUUCUAUCAGCGACACCUUAAGAAAAUCAUCAACUGGUCCUCAACCAUCAGGAAAUUCAUAAUGGAGAGGAUCAUCUGCCACCGGGAGCUGAACAUCGAUUUGGAUGAGCCAGAUCGAGAUUUCACAGACGCCCUGCUAAAAAGUCUCAUUGAGGACAAAGAAGUCUCAAGGAAUACGAUCAUCUUUAUGCUGGAGGAUUUCAUUGGCGGACAUUCGGCGGUGGGAAAUCUUGUGAUGCUAGUACUGGCCUACAUAGCCAGGAAUCGGAAUAUAGAAGAGAGAAUCCAAGAGGAAAUAGACGGUAUUACAUCGGCGGAAAACAGGCAAGUAACCCUGCUGGAUAUGAAUGCCAUGCCCUUUACGAUGGCCACGAUUUUCGAGGUGCUACGAUAUUCUUCCUCACCAAUUGUUCCCCAUGUCGCCACUGAGGAUACAGUAAUCUCUGGCUAUGGCGUAACAAAGGGUACCAUUGUGUUUAUCAACAAUUACGUGCUCAAUACUAGCGAAAAAAAUUGGGUAAAUCCCAAGGAAUUUAAUCCUUAUAGGUUUUUGGAAAAGCCAAAUCAUGAAAGACCUAAAAACUUUAAGGGUUCCGAUUCUGCCAUUGAGAGUGAUAAGGAAAAACUUCAACUAAGAAAGAAUAUUCCUCAUUUUUUGCCCUUCAGCAUUGGAAAGCGAACUUGCAUCGGCCAAAAUUUGGUCAGGGGCUUUGGUUUCCUGAUCCUGGUCAACGUAAUGCAGAGAUAUAAUAUCAGCAGUCACGAUCUGUCUACAAUUAAGAUCAGUCCAGAAAGUUUGGCACUGCCCGCAAAUUGUUUUUCUCUGGUCCUGACACCCAGGAAAAACAUCUAGGAAGAAUAAUCGUCGAAUUAUUUUUGUAUUACUGAUAAGCAAAUAAAUGUUAGGCAUAGCUAAUUAAGAUUGCACUCAUGAAAUUUAUAACACAUAAAAUAAAAUUGUAAAACUAGUUUGUUUUUCAUAUCUGUAUUUUGUACCGUAACACUCACACAAAGCCUUAUAGUUCCAAGACACACACAAUUUAUAAUACACUCAUUCUCCUUAUAUGAUUAAUUCGUUAAGAAUUUCGUUAUAAUAAAUGAUUCAUAUAUUCAUAA